AUGUCAUCCAAUACGUUGGACAACACCAGCCGGGCACUGCACGCGCUAUUCUGCUAUGCUUGGGACAAAUUUGAGGCGCACCAAGCAGAAGAAGCGAACGCCAUGUGUCGUCGGUUGCUCCUCGAGCCGCGCCUGAGCCCUCUCGGUUGGGCUGGCUGUCAUCUCGUCCUUGCACACUCGCCGGAUCAGUCUGUGGAACAUGCUCAGGCCGCCUUAGAGGCGUAUCAGAACUUGUUCUCUGAUGAGCCCGCCCUCACCGAACUACACCUCCAGUCUCAGAAACAGCUUAUUGAGCUCACCGAGAGGGUACUCGCCGAGAGGCAACAGAUCGAUGCUGAAUACUCUCUUCAACUUGACGAGAUGGGAGAGGCCGACGAGAUGGAAGAGGAUACGGAAGAGGAAGAGGAAGAUGACACGGAUGAGGAAGAGGAAGGAGAUAUGGAAGAUGAUGAUGAAGAAGACGUGGGAGGGGUGAUCGAACUCUUCGGCGACCAGACCCAGCGCACUGCCGAUGCUCCCGAAGUUGCCGACACUCAUGCUUCAGAUGUUCAGACGGCAGCACUACGGUCCUCGCUCUUAGCUCUCCCUUUGACAUCUGGCUUGCCCACUCCUGCUGGGUCGAAGCGGCCUUCUCGCCAUCCUACUGAUACGGAUAACAAGUGA